CCAACCCACAACUUGACCACUCCCACCAACCCACCCAACGAACACAACCACCAUGAAACCAACCCCCUUCCCCUUCGCCCUCAACAUCGGCACCGACAUCGUCCACCUCCCGCGAAUAACCCGCCUCCUCGCCCGCCCCAACUACCUCACCCGUUUCACGCACCGCAUUCUCCACGCCCGCGAACAACAAGACUUUCGCACCCGCUUCUCCCUCCCUCCAAUACCCUCCCAAUUGCCAACUACUCCUAGCAUAAGUAUAUCCCCCGACAUGACGCGGUGGCUCGCGGGCCGGUUCGCGGCCAAAGAGGCAGCGCGGAAAGCGGCGCCCCGUGGCGCGGCGCAUAUUAGCUGGAAGGAUGUGGUGGUUACGGUGGGGGAGGAGGGGGGAAGGCCGGAGGUAGUGUAUUUAGAUGGAGAUGGGGAUGAGGCUGGGAGGGUAGGGAAGUUGUCCAUAUCGCAUGAUGGGGAGUAUGUGGUUGCUAUGGUGGUGGCGGCGGGGUGAGAUUUAUCCUUCUAGGAGUAUAUGGGUCUUCAUGAGGGUUUUCAUGCGGAGGAUAUAGGGAAGAUACUAGACGGGGACUGGAUUCGAACAGUUCAAUGUGAUGCUGAGACGGUUGAAUCGUGGCUAUAGCUGUGAUGGGGUAAUAGUUGGAUGGAAGUGUGAAAAUUGGCCUGCUUGGUAGGAGGGGGCAUGUGGGAGAGCUAGCUGGCUAGCUUUGUGUCAAUAGAAGUAUACUAGAGUACAAUAGUAAUGGAUGCAUAAUAAGUCGC